AUGUCGCAGGGGGGAACUGCGCCUCGCCCUACCUCCCGGCGUUCCUCACCAUCUCCAGCGAGAGCGACGGCUCCCGCAACAGCAUCCUCACCUCCGCUUCGGCGAAGCUGUGCCUACCAGGAUGACUCGAGAGCUCGGCCGCUUCAAGAUCCCGCCGAGGCUGCGCUGAAUCGGGGCGACGAGAGAGAGCAACAGGCAGGGACUCGAGACAUGGACCGGCGUAGCUUACUCAACCCGGACAGGCCAUACGCCGUCUCGAUCGCGAGUCAGUCACCAACCUUCCCACCGCCUUCCGGGCCGAGCGGGAAUCCUCAGUCGGCCAUGGAGGCGGCCCAAUACGGGAGGCCGGGAUCUCAGGGGUCGCCGUCCGCUGCGUUUGUCCAACAAGCCCGGGGCGCUACUACACCACGAUCGACGAGCCAGGCUAUGCCCGCGACGACGACGUCGCCGGCGGGAGGGCAUAAUACCUCCGCAGACCGAGUAUCUCCCCAGACCGUUCACCCAUAUCCCAUGGCCGCGAGACGUAUCUUGACGCCGAGAUCCCCGCGAGCAGCUGGCCUUAGUCGAGCAGCGAUGAGAGCAGUGGAGCCGCAGCACUUCACGGCAAGCCUUCCUGCUCCUCCCGCCGCCCAGACGCACGUCGGCGGGCCUCCCCCUCUGGGACCGCCACCGCAGCUUCACGGCUCCGUGUUUGGACAAGGAACAGCCACACCCUCGCCCAUGCGCCCGACGUCCGGACUGGCGCGGUCGCUCUCGCAGCCCAGCCUGAGUCGCGGCCUCCCUUCGGCGCCACACUCGGAACCGUCACAGCCGGCAGGGCUGAAGCGAGAACACAGCGGGCGGCCCGUCUUGUCCGGACCUCCAUUUGCGCCUCCUCUCCCGGCGGGCCAGCCAUUUGGAACAUCGGGCGCUAUGGGCGAUUCAAGGUGGACGUCUCGCGUGCUGACCUCGCUGCCCGCUGGCGCUGCCAGGAAUCUGCAGCUGGGUGGUGACGUCCAGGCUGUCAUGGCCAUCAUGCCCGGACAAGGGGAAGAGAUGCUGGUUCCCGUCGAUGUGUACCAGGCAUCGAAAGUGGCGGACCAGAAGAGGCAGCGCAACGCCGGGGCAUCGGCGAGAUUCCGACAGCGGAAGAAGGAGCGGGAGCAACAGCAACAGGAGGAACUGCAGAAGCUGGAGAACCAGAAUCGCGAGCUGGAGAAGAAGAACGAAGAGCUCGUGAGGCGUUGCCAGCAAGUCGAGGCAGAGCGAGAUUUCUAUCGAAGCGAACGGAACCGCCUGCGAGACAUCCUAUCUCAGACGCCCGGCAUGAAGGAGUGGGCCGACCGGGCACCACCGAGUCCGAUCUCGAGGACCGGGGGAGGAGGACUGCUUGCGCCCGACUGCGGCGGCGCUCUUCCGGCCCAGCCGGCGCCUCUGCCUCCGCGACAUGCUCAUUCUUCGCAGUCCCAGGGGCAUCCGGGGCAUCCGACACCAUACCCCCAGAUCCUGGCCCAUCCUCUCGCACCUCCGCAUUCGCGCUCCAGUUCCUACGGCGAGCCAUCGGCCCUUGAACCGCCGGCGAGGCGGCGGAGGACGGAUUCCGAGCCGCAGCUGCCGACCAGCUCUUACAGCCUCGCGACGUCCACGCAUCUGCCGCCCAUUACGGCCGGCCCUGUUCCUCCCAUUCCCGCCUUCAGUGUUCCGCCGUCGCCGCACGUCACCCCGCCCCCGGGGGUUGCGCGGUUGCCGCCGCUGCGAUUCGACCAGUCCCGGACCCCGUCGACGACGCCGCCCCCUGUCCCCGGCGUGCCGCCUCCACAAGUGGCACGCCCGCAGUCGGCGAGUGCAUACACUACCACAGCAAGGAGACAGCCCUACGAGACGGGAUGGGCUGUAGAUCCGCGGGACCACACGGAGGGCGGUCCCAGGUAA